ACCGAAGCCAAUUCUGACUUUGUGGCUGUGGUAACUAGUGACAACCCAGCCACGUUAUUUUAGUUCAUUGGAAACUGGUCAACCACCUUGGUAGCUUGCUAGCCGAAAUAUUAACCCGCUUUAAUGUAUGUUAGCCACUGUGUUUUGAACACACUUCUGUCAAUCUAGCUAAUUAUAUAAUUUCAUUGCAUAUUUACCUUGUUAUUGUUAUUAGUUAGCUAACGGUAGCUGGCUGGUUAAGUUAGCAUUAGCCUUGUUAGCUAACUGUUAGCUAUCAUCCCCCGACCAUGAGUUCACCAAGCUACUCGCCUCCUGAUAAAGAGGAGGGGGUCUGCUGGACGGAGAAAGAGGGUCUGUGGCUGAACGUUGUCGUGAAAGAGGAGAAUGAAGAGGAGGAUAUCACAGUAACAAAAGUAGAGGAAGAGCAGGAUGUUACAGUGAAAGAGGAAGAGGAGGUUACUGUGUUGGGAGUGAAGGAGAAGGGAGAGAUAACUGUCACAUUGGAAGAGGAAGAGACAGGAGAUCGGAUUAACACCAGAGAGAGACGGGACAAUCGUGGAUCCUCUGGGGAGCCUCAACGACGUCAUGAUGCUGACAAGGCAGAGAAGAGUCGCUCCGCAUCCAGAUCAAAACACCUCAAGAAACACCAGCGGAGACCCAAAACGAAAACUCAUUGCUGCUCUGACUGUGGGAAGAGUUACUUAAGAUCAGAUUCACUGAAACUACACCAGAGAAGUCACACUGGAGAGAAACCUUUUUGCUGCUCUGACUGUGGGAAGAAAUUCACCUCUUCGGCAGACCUUAAAAGACAUCAGAGAAUCCACACAGGAGAGAAACCUUUUAGCUGCUCUGACUGUGGAAAGAGUUUUGUUUCGUCAGGACAUUUAAAAUCUCACCAGAGAACACACAAAGUAGAGAAACCCUAUAGCUGUACUCAAUGUGGGAAGAGUUUUACUCACUCAAGCAGCUUGAUAGUACACCAGAGAACACACACAGGAGAGAAACCUUAUAACUGUGAUCAAUGUGGGAAGAGUUUUCUUUCAUCUGGUCGUCUGACAAUACACCAGAGAACACACACAGGAGAGAAACCUUACAGCUGUGAUCAGUGUGGGAAGAGUUUUACUACAUCUAGCCAGCUGACUUUGCACCAGAGAACACAUACAGGACAGAAUCCUUAUAGCUGUACUCAAUGUGGGAAGAGUUUUACUCAGUCAAACAGCCUGGUAUCACAUCAGAGAACACACACAGGAGAGAAACCUCAUAGCUGUGAUCAAUGUGACAAGAGAUACUCUGAUAAAAGAUCUCUGAUUAAACAUCAGAAAAUACAUGAAGGAGUUGUUUCAUGAUAUCAAUGAAAUAAUGUCACAAUGUAGAAUGUUUUAACAUGGUAGUAGGAGUGUUCUAAUGAUGUCACAAUGUAGAAUGUUGUAACAUUGUAGUAGGAGUGUUCUAAUGAUGUCACAAUGUAGAAUGUUUUAACAUGGUAGUAGGAGUGUUCUAAUGAUGUCACAAUGUAGAAUGUUUUAACAUGGUAGUAGGAGUGUUCUAAUGAUGUCACAAUGUAGAAUGUUUUAACAGUUUAUAAGGAGCUUGUUUUAAAAAGUAAAAUGAUUAUUGUUGCACGUUUGUUUAAAUUUUAUGUUUUUCAAUUUAUCAAACUGUUAAUGCAUAUUGGUUAUUGAUUUGGACACCCCAAAAUGUCAUUAAAAAGAUGCCCGAAGUCCAAUAUAUGUUCGGUUGAAAG